CGCUUACGUGACUAUAUGCGCUGAUCACGACAGAAGGCCAGAAGACAGUCGCCGUGCGUCAAGGUAGCAUGCCGCAUGCGAGUUACGCGUUGGGCGUCAACGCGGCUAGACACACUGGUUUACACGUACCGUCGCCCUUGGCCAUGUCCAAGACCACCCGCAGCAAGGAACAAACUCAUAGACGCAAGCGCGGAGACACAAUCCGGGCGUCAGACUUCAUACGUCCAACUCUGCUCCCCAGUGCAGCAGACGACAUUGCGAAUACGGGUAGUUCUGCUCAAACCAAUGGCAGCGGUAAGACUCAAGGCGGUACGCGCACCCGGAGGACGCGUUCCGGUACCGUUACCCUCGCUGGGCCCGCCUCGCGUGCUACGGACGUGCAGGUACAAGGGGAGAAGCCAAAGGCGAACUCUCCGUUGCGCACGCACAAGCGUCACCACGAGGGCUGGCCCACGAUCCGGAUGAGAAUCGACAAUUCGCCUCUUCGAACCAUCGCUGGAGAAGACGAGGACGAAUUGCUUCUGAAGGCAGGAAGUAGUGUGCACUGAUUAAGCAGGGACUGAACUGCUGGUUAGUUUUCCAAGUAAUGAUAUCGUGUAUUGAGUUGCUCUGUGGUCACCUAGCACUUCUUUCUCCUUGUGAAUAGUCCAGGUUGUUGCAAAUGGCAAAUGCUUCCGUCCUCGUACGGCAUGAGCU